AUGGCGGUUGCAGUAACAAUAACAGCCCUCAUAGUAUUGGGGACUGCAGUGGUGAUUUUCAUGAAGGUGCAACCACUUUUAGAAGUACCUCCUGUGCCAAAACUCGAAGAAACUUGGUGGGGACCAGUUCAACUAGGAAAAAGUAUUGACACCAGUAUCAAACCCUUCCAAGUCAAUGUUUCUGAUGAGGUAAAUGCAAUGAACUAUGAAAAACAUCGGAAAGAUAAAUUGAACAACUAUUUUGCUGCAUCCUCCACUCUACCUUCCCAACCCCCACUAGAAGAGGCUAAACAGCAUUAUGGCAUGAACACCGACCUUCUCCAAAAUAUCACUGAGUUUUGGAAAACCAAAUACGACUGGAGAGAACGAGAAACGUUCCUCAAUCGGUACCCACACUUCAAAGUAAACGUUCAAGGUUUGAACAUUCACUAUAUCCAUGUGAAACCUGCGCCCGAGCAAACCAGUAAAGGAGUGAGAGUACUACCCCUUUUGCUCCUACACGGUUGGCCGGAGUCUGUCAGCCAGUUUAACGGAAUCAUUCCUCUCCUUACGACUGCACAAAAGGGCACAGACUUUGUUUUCGAGGUUAUAGCCCCUUCUUUGCCUGGUUUCGGAUUCUCCGAUGCAGCCGUCAGACCAGGCCUGGGGGCCAUACAAAUGGCAAUUGUGAUGAAGAAUUUGAUGGAAAUGAUCAAAAGCCUCUUGUCCAAAAGCCAAGCGAAUUUCAAUGCAAACAAAACACAAGCAUGCCUUUUCUCUAGGAAAGCCGAUCUCACUCUGCCCAACAUAAGCUUGCCAGGAGUAACCAUACCUUUGAAAACAUACAUUUCGAUGCUUGGUAUUACUAUCAGCAAUAACCUUUCUUGGGAAAAUCACGUGACACCAAUUGCUAAAAGUGCAUCCGAAAAACUUGGUUUUCUGUUUCGGGCCAGGAGCUAUCUCACUUCCAGGCAGCUGCUUAUGAUUUAUAAGGCACAGAUCCGACCUGUCCUGGAAUACUACUCCCAUAUUUGGAGUGCAGCACCCAAACAUACCCUGAAACUGUUGGUUUCUGUCCAAAAAAGGGCAAUUCGUCUCGUGGGUGAUGCCUCGCUCACAAACUCACUCACUUCUCUGGAACACCGCUUCGCACCCCUUAGUGGUCAGUUUGGAGACCUGCAGAACAUCUCUUUCCCAAGUCUCGUUCAUCCAAAGAACAGCGAGGCUCUGGAACACAUUGCCAAGGAAGGUGUUCCCCGAGGCUUAUAA